UGUUCGUACCUCGCUAAUUGAGACUCGUCAUCUUUGUUGGGGGUUCCACACAUGGAACUCCAUCACUCCACCGCCUGCGGCUCUUAAGCUUUUCUACAUUUGGGAAGUGACAAGUGCACAAACGCCGGUCCAUACACAAUAAAAGGAUACAGGAGAAUACUUGGUAUAGUGGAAGUUCAUAGUCCUACCACCUCAGCCGCCUUACCUCGAUCACCUAGCAGCUACGACGACUCCCAAGGUACCUACCGCCCUACCCCACCACAGACAGCUCACAGCUCCAACAACCUACUCUUGCCACGGCGGCCGGCGAAUCCUGCAUGUCUCCCCCGAAACAGCAAGAAGGAGAAGCUGAACCGGACCGCGAUCUUGAGAAUAAGCCGAAGUUGGAUGAGAUAGACACCGUGGUUGGGGACCGUUCGGGCACGAACGAUGACCCCGUAGGAAUUGCGGGGGAGGAACUACAAGACGCAGGCAGCACGGCAGGUCCGUCAGACACGGGCAAGGUUAUUGAAGAUACGAUGGGAGAAGCUGGCACAGCCAGUGUGUCUACUGGCGAGACAGCACUGGAGGAAAACGCUGUGGAAAGCCAUGAGGAUCAACAAACCACACUCGACGCGCCAACCACCGAAGCGUCAACCACGGAGGAGCCAACCACCGAAGACAAAUAUGUCGGCUCAGAUCCGAUGGAGUCGUCAACAGCAACGCUGAGGCCACAUCCUCCUCCAAAUCACGAAUCAAACACUACACAAGUUCCGACUAAAGACAAUAUGUUCCUCGAGCCUACCCCGCAACCUCCACACUCAGCCGUACCCCCGGCGUCUAACAGCGCAUCUACAUCUACACCUCGGUCUGGAGCUGGGGAAGGUCCAAGCGACAGGUCGCCGACACGGUCUGAUGCAGGAUUUGAUGAGAAGCCUUCUCCUAGCGAAGAUGGGCGCGAAGGAGAAUCCCGAUCGGAAAUACAGAGCAUCAUGGAUCAGUUCAGUGCAGAAGGAGGCGGGCCAGGUGAAGAGGAGGUGAUGUCUCCUCGGUUCGAGCUCGCAGGGCCAUUGCUUGGGACUCAGAUCCAGCAUCCUCCUAGGAAAUCAAGCCUUGACCCCCUGAAUCAUGGGGUGAUCAAUAUAUCCCAGGGUUUGGAGAGCACUGAUUUGGGGAAGGGCGUAUCAUCUCGGCGCGAAAGCAAAGAUAGUGAUAUAGGCCCAGAGGUACCCCCCAAGCCCACCUCCAUGUAUGCAAUGCCACCCAUGCGCUCGUCUGAGGGACAGAUCGAAUCGCCCGUUUCGCCUCAUGCUACAUCGCUACACCGACCCCCGCCACCAGAACCCGAACCGGAGCCAGACCUUCCUUUUGAUUUCCAUAGAUUUCUGGAGCAGCUGAGGCAUCGUACCGCUGACCCAGUUGCGAAAUUCUUACGAUCCUUCUUGCAGGAGUUUGGUAAGAAACAGUGGAUGGUGCAUGAGCAGGUCAAGAUUAUAGGGGACUUCCUGGCAUUUAUUACAAAUAAGAUGGCUCAGUGUGAGAUAUGGAAGGAAGUUUCCGAUGCGGAAUUCGAUAAUGCUCGCGAGGGCAUGGAAAAGCUUGUUAUGAACAGGCUAUACACACAGACUUUUUCGCCAGCGAUUCCCCCUCCACAGCCUAUACCCGGGGCAAGGCCAAGGAGAAGAAACGGAGAGCGCCCAUUGGGUCCCGGAAGGAGAGGCCAGCAUCAGGAGGAUGUUGAGCGUGAUGAUAUCCUAGCCCAAAAAGUUAGCAUCUAUGGGUGGGUGAAAGAAGACCACUUAGACAUACCUCCAGUUGGGGAGAGUGGGAAGCGAUUUUUAAUUUUAGCACAACAAGAACUACUUAAAAUCAAGACAUAUAGAGCACCAAGAGACAAGAUCAUCUGUGUUCUCAACUGCUGCAAAGUCAUUUUUGGUCUACUGAAGCACUCCAAGUCCGAUUCGUCAGCGGACUCAUUUAUGCCCCUAUUGAUUUACACCGUCCUACAAGCGAAUCCAGAGCAUUUGGUAUCUAAUGUUCAAUACAUUUUGCGUUUCCGCAACCAGGAGAAGCUUGGUGGAGAGGCCGGCUAUUAUCUGUCCUCGUUGCUGGGUGCCGUUCAGUUUAUAGAAAAUCUAGACCGUACAACAUUGACAAUAUCCGAUGAGGACUUCGAAAAGAAUGUGGAGGCUGCAGUCUUCGCCAUCGCCGAGAAACAUCGCACGGACGAGGCUGACGCUCCACCAACACCUACCCAACAGCUGUCCGAGAUGUCCGGGCAGCCUUCGUCGGAGCCCAAUUUUGGGAAAUCCUCUGAAGCCGAAUCCUCGCAACCAAGAAAAUCAACGUCAUCUUAUGAGUCUAAUAAUGCUGACGGCGGCGAUGAAAAAGCAGCCAUGGGUGGACUAUUACGGUCCAUCCAAAGACCACUAUCUUCCAUUGGACGGAUCUUCGCCGAUGACAGCUCUCAAGGUAGCCCUAGCAGGGGUCCUGCGAGCGGCAAUACAUCAAGGCUAUCGCCAGCGCCAAGAAAUGCAGAGAGGCCCAUAAGCCCACAGAGACUUGUUGAACCAACCCGUGAUACUGUUGACAGAAACCACCUGCGUGCUGAGAAUGCGGCAGUACGGCAGGCAAGCGUUGAAACAGCCGAAGCACAGCACUUGGAAAGAGCAGAGCACGAAAAUGUUGUUGAGACACUCUCUGGCAUGUUCCCAGACCUUGACAAAGAACUCAUCAGCGAUGUAGUAGCUCAGAAGAACGGAAGGGUCGGCCUUGCCGUUGAUGCCUGCCUGGCACUCAGCUCGUAGUCUCAUAUCAGAUAUAUAAUAUUUACUCAGAAGAUACCCCAUGGUGGUACUGGUACCGCAGCCAGAGAUGAUUACGGUUACAGAGCAUUACCGAUUUGAGCGUGCAUAGCGUUGGUUUGUUUGGCAUAUAUAUACCUAGGUCUCUGAUUGAAGUCUUGUACCUCUCACGGUUUCAUCAAAGAUAUAUGAAUGAUAAUUUGUAGUCGAUAGCCUUCUACUCGAGAAAGAGGCGUGCCUUCCAUGUGUAGCUAUAUAGCGAAAUUACUGUUCAUGCACAUGUAGGCAAUAUCUUGCCACAUAACUACACAGCUAAGUAACAGUAGGUUAAGUGCAGUUACUCGAUAUAAUCUAUGUCCGGU